ACUUUUGAUUGAUCUUGCAAUUAUUUUUGUUCUUUUCCCUGAUAAAUCUUAUUUACUAUUUUCCCGCAAGUAAUUCCCGAUUAACCUUUCUUUGCUUGUUUGUUAAAGUUCGCUAUGAGCUCCAACAAAGUUAAGUUCUCCAUCGACUCCAGUAAGGUCCAUCACAACAGAGCUGCACAAGAUUUCAGCACAGAUCCGGAGGCCCCAAAGAUGACAUAUGAGGUAGAAGAGAAGGAUGACCGCAAAACCUCUCAAAUGGGUGUGUUUGGGUGGAGACCCAGGUUUCUUGAGUGUCUUAACCAGCCGGUCAUAUUUGUUGUAUUCUUUGGUAUUGGUAAUCUGUUUACCGUGAUGUCGUUUGGAGUCCUCAGCGUAUACCUUACAACCUUAGAGAAAACAUUCAACUUGAACUCUAAAGAAACAGGAGUAAUCCUCCUUGGGAACGACAUAUCUGGACUCUUCGCCUCACUUAUCCUAGCCAACUACUGCAGCUCUAAGAAAAUCCGGUGGAUAGCUAUUGGCAUGUUUGCUGUUGUAUUGUCGUGUCUUCUACCAGCCAUGGCUACUCUAUUUGCAGAGUAUCCUGAAAUGAACAAGGACGCCUUUGUACCGAGUAUGGAGGGUAUCAGAGGUUUAUGUGACCUUAGUGAAAAGGGGUUCGGUCCACCGCCUCAGACAGAUGGUAGCUAUGCAGUUCGGAACCACGGGCUGUUCUGGCUCUUUGUUGCUGGAUCUCUUGUCUUGGGUAUAGGUGGCUCACCCCCGGGUAUAGCUGGCCCCACCUACAUGGACGAAAUGUACACACAGAAAGAGUUUGGUAUCGCUAUCUCCCUCCUGUACAUAAUCACCUUUGUAGGGUUCCCCAUCUCAGUGCUGUUCGCGGGGGCCUCCCUUGACAUGUACGUGACUCUGGACCCCCCGGAGGGAAUGAACCCCAGCAGACCCGAGUGGGUGGGGGCCUGGUGGUUAGGGUUCCUGGUGCCGGCUGUGGUGAUCUUCUUUGUGAGCUUCAUUGUCAUGUUGUUUCCUACUCAGAUGCCUGCUGCUAAGAGGGUGUUAUCAGACAAGAUAAAAAAGGGUAUCACAACUGCAGUGGAAAAGAAGAACGAACUCCAUCGUUCGAUAUUGGAUAUAACCAGAGAUACGAUCCCUGUAGCGAAGAGGAUACUGAAGAACAAGUCCCUGAACUGCCUUGUGUUUGGGGACGCACUUGUUUUCUUACAGAUUGGAUCUAUAAGUUACCUUCCAAAGAUGUAUGCCAUAGCUUUUAGACUAGGGUUCUCUGAGGUUGGAACAGUUAUUGGAGUAACAAACGUGGUUGCUUUUGUUUUGGGUCUUGUCCUGGGUGGAGCUAUCAUGAGGAUCAAAGAUUGGCAUCCUAAAAAGUUGCUGCUAAUUUACGCGGUAGCAGUCCUAGUGUCCACCCCCUUUACAGCAAGUCUUUUCUACCGUUGUGACUCAAAUACAGUGGGAGGAGUCGACAUUAUAUAUCCCAACAGCAAUGCCAGUACCCCGGCGUUCCUAGACACAUGUAACGAAGACUGUAAAUGCAACACAGUAUUCCCCUCUUUCGUGUGUGACACCUCAGAUCAAACCACCUACUUCUCCCAGUGUCAUGCUGGCUGUUUGGGAGGAGAGCUUAACGACCCUGCUGACAUCAAAUCAGGAGUAAAAGAGUACUCAGAAUGUGGGUGUACAGCAGGGAAGACAGUGGUGCCGGGAGAGUGUGGUUCCAGGUGUCAGACCCGGCUCUACAUCUCGCUAACUCUGUCAGUCAUAGGAACUAUGAUUAAUUUCUCUGGGUACGCGGCUCAUGCUACUGUUUAUCAGAGAGUUGUAGGCGAGGUGGAUAGAACGGUGGCUCAGGGCUGGAGACAGUUUAUCACCAGAGUGCUAGGAACCCUCCCAGCACCCAUCCUAUUCGGGUACAUCAUAGACAACGCCUGUACUAUCUGGAGGACUAACUUUGAUGGGAAACAGGGAAAUUGUUGGGUGUACGAUUUGGAUAGUUUGCUGGUUUGGUUUGUUUGGGUGCAGAUAAUUCUCCGUAUUGGAUCAUCUAUACUUUACUUUGCUGGCUGGUACCUAUACCCUGAACCUACUCAAGAAGAAUUAGAACGAUACGAGGGACGGGCAGGUAGUAAUGGAUACGAAAUGGAAAGGACAGAUUUGAAAUCUUAGGAGUUAGAGCGUGAUGUUUUAGUUUCAUAUCUCUAAUACAGACUUGAAGAUUCUUCUAGGCGCGCAGAGGGUUCGUUCGAAAUGGUUAGAUUAACGCAUUCUGAUCUAAUCUAUAGAGAGAACGAGGCCGACACACAGCUCAACGGCUGUGAUUUGAGAGAUAAGACUUGAAGUAUGUGUUCAUAAGGGUAUGAGAUUGUAAUGGUUAUAUAUACUUGAAGUGAAAGGAUCAAAGGGAAUUCAAAAGACAAAGAUUUUAAAUUGAACCUGCGGUUAGUUUUGAUAAAUUUUAUUCUAGGAUAAUAUUAAUCUGGUCAAAGACUCAUCAAUGCUGCAAAUUUGGUUCAUGACAUGAGUAGUCAUUACAUGAGUUAGCACAGAAUUUUGUCUCCUAUGUUGAUAAAUUUGGUGCCAAAAAUAUAAAUAACAUAAAUGCACUGGGAAGCACGUUUUAAAAAACUGUUAGUCAAAAUUUAUUUUCAAAUUCUUAAACCUGUACACAAGCGAAUUUAUUAACACUUAUAACAAGCAACUUUCGGUACCAAAUAUAUCAAGAUUGGAUUCGGAGACAACAAAAUUCUCAGCCAACUUUACUCACGGCAUUUAUUACACUGACCACAGACGAUAAGAGCCAGACGAGCAGAAAUAAAAUGCGUUUUUAGUUUUAGGAUAUAGUAUCGAUGCAACAGUACAUUUUUACUGGGUAGAACUAAAACUCAAAAUUGACAGUUUGAACUUGUAAUUUAUUUAUUAUGAUGUUAACAUCAUUUGAAAUAUUAUUGUUAAGAUCAAAAUAUUUUCCGUGUACGUCAAGAUCAGAAUGAUACAUUUAAGUUGAUACUUUUGUACACAGUUAAUGUUAUUGUUUAAUUUUUCAUGCAGCACUUAAAAUUAAAAUGGUUACUUAUUCUCUUUCUAAACAAUGCUAUCAUUGUGUUCAUAACGAGGUAACGUACUAUUGUACGGGUUUCCGUUUAGCAUUUUGAAAUUGAAUCAAUAAUAAUAAUAUAAUUACAUCAAUUUUCAAGUUACAUUAAAAAUGGAUCUUGAUAAUGGAAAUUUAUUUAUACUUUUCAGGCUUUUAUUCAUGUUCUAAAAAUAUUUCUAUCAAAACGUAACAUAAAUCUGAGGCAAAAUUAGUGUAUAAUUAUUUACUUUUAAUUCAACCAACUUUAUC